AUUGCCUUUGGUCAAAGUGGAAAGGUUACCCCGCUUAAUAUUGUCCUUCAACAACUCAAAUUCUUGUUGCUUUUUCACUUGCCCAAAUUCAUAGCCAUCGGAAAUAUCUCAACACAGAGAGGGCUUUGUGAUAUGGGGUCCGAGUUCGAUUGCUGUAGUAGUGAAGGGGUGAUCCUGGGAGUGGACGGCGGCGCCACCUCCACCGUCUGUGUGUGCAUGCCGCUCCUACCCUUCUCCGAUCACCGCCAUUUUCCCGAUCCUCUACCUAUUCUUGCCCGUGCCGUUGCUGGUUGUUCCAAUUACAAUAGCGUUGGAGAAAAUGCAGCCAGGGAAACAUUGGAACAAGUUAUGGCUGAAGCUCUUUCAAAAGCUGGCUUGAACCAUUCAGUUGUACGGGCGGUUUGUUUAGGCAUUUCGGGUGUCAACCAUCCAACGGAUCAGGAAAUGUUCUUGAAUUGGAUAAGGCACAUAUUCCCAGGUCAUGUAAAGAUUCAUGUCGAGAAUGAUGCAGUGGCAGCCCUUGCAAGUGGGACCAUGGGGAAACUUCAUGGCUGUGUUCUGAUUGCGGGUACAGGGUGCAUAGCUUAUGGUUUUAGAGAUGAUGGAAGAGAAGCUCGUGCUGCUGGUGCAGGACCUGUACUAGGUGACUGGGGCAGUGGCUAUGGAAUUGCUGCUCAGGGAUUGACAGCCAUUGUGAGGGCUCAUGAUGGCCGUGGUCCAGAGACAAUGCUUACAAAUUGUGUUCUCGAGACACUCCAUCUUUCUUCUCCAGAUGAAAUAAUAGGGUGGACCUAUGCAGAUUCAUCUUGGGCACGAAUUGCAGCACUUGUUCCUGAGGUAGUAUCUUGUGCAGAAGCUGGUGAUCAAAUUGCCAAUGACAUCUUGAAUAAUGCUGUUCAAGAAUUGGGUAUGAGUGUGAAAGCUGUUGUUCAACGACUACAGUUGGCCGGAGAAGAUGGAAAUGGUUCUUUCCCUGUGGUAAUGGUUGGUGGAGUCCUUGAAGCUAACAAGAUAUGGGAUAUUGGGAAAGAAGUUAUUAACUCUAUUUUGAAAACCUACCCAGGGGCUUCUCCUAUAAGACCUAAGGUUGAGCCUGCCAUUGGAGCUGCUCUGUUUGCAUGGAAUUCCCUGAUGAAAGAAGCAAAAGCAAAUGGCCGCCGAUAACCUGAAAUGUAAAGAUGUCAUCUGUAUAGCUAAAGGAGAUCGCUUGGUCGCUGAAGUGGAUAUUAUGUAGCUAAUUUUACCUCAACAGUCAACUGUACAUGUGCAAUAUUUAGAAUGAUCAGUAUGCCUCUACUUGCUGCUAUAGCUGUUCUAUUCAUUAUUUACUGUUCUGGCAUGUUAGAUACAAGGAGAAGGGUGAAAGUUAACAUCAUGAUUUUAUUUAUGAGAACAUACAUUUUCGAAUGUGCUGAA